UGUGAGCGUCUGUUGUUUCUCUCAGCAGGCCUGGCCCACUGGCACGCAGCAGAUCCUCAUCCCGUCGUCAUGGCAGCAGGUCCCGGGCGUGGCCAUCCACAGCUCCGCCCACCAGUCCACUGUCCCCGAGUCCCCCCUGGAAACACUUCACUCAGAAGCUGCCGCGCAGCAGGGACACAGCUGGAGGAAUACAGCCCAGGGCCGCAGCCAGCAGGAGAGGAAGAAGGUGAAGGCCAGACGGGGAGAGAACAGGAACAGGGGUAUAUCUGCCGCGUCAUUGCUCAGCAGCAGCGGUGUGCCCCCGCUCAGCGCCGCGUGGUCGCAGCCCAUAGUCAUCUCCGACACACCCAGCCCGGCUGUCAGCAUCAUCACCAUCCACAGCGACACGGACACCGAGGAUGAGCGCAAGUUUCAUCCCGCCAGCGUCGGCCUGAGCCAGCGCACUAACGUCAUCAGCUGUGUGACGGUGCACGACUCGGACUCGUCCACAGCGAGCCCCCUGACCCCCCUCCCCCGCACGCUGAACCCAGCGGGCGGCGCGUCGUCUCGCCAGGCCAAGUCUCUGGCAGUGGUGGCGCCUUCAGUCAAAACCCAGGGCACGGAGCGAGGAGCUGCUUCACGUGGACGCCUGGACACUGUGAACUACAUAAAGCCGAAGAGAUCAUCCAACCGGCAGCCCUGCAGCUCCGGGGAGAGCAUGGAGCGGAACAGGCUGCUGCCGAGCCAGUCACACCCUUUAAACCUGAGUCAGGUCCAGCCGGUGGUCUCUUCCUCUCAGGAGCGCUCCCACAGCGACUCGUCUCUGCGCCGCCAGCCGACCUUCCCUCCGGUCGUCUCGUCUCACUACAACUUCCCCGAGGUGUCCGGCCCCGGCCUGUACGCCUACCCCGCCUCCACGGCCCUCUCCUCUGCCUCUCAGGCCAUGGAGCAGCUGCUGAGCCGCGGCCACGCCCCCCACGGACACUCCCCCUCCGCCUAUGCAGCACCGUACACCUCAGCGUCCUCCAGGAGGGACCCGUCCGGGCGGAAGGACUCGGUCAGCAGCCUGCUGCACGGCCUGCCCGCAGCCUACCAACACCCGUUUGCCGCCGGCUCUCCGUACGUCAGCGUGACCCCCCGCGCCGAGGCCUACAGCGCCUACCAGCUGAGCCCCCGGCGCCUCACACAGUACCCCUACCUAUAGGGGGGCACACACACUUUUAACACAGAAAAAAAAAUCUACUUCCCACAUACUAUGACAAAGGGAGUUCAAACUGUAUCUCUAGUAGAAUAACUGUUGUUUGCUGCUUCUGACUCUAAGGCGGCGUCUCUCUGUCGACUCAUUAUCCCUCUCUCGGGGCGUUUUUUAAAAUGGUAUUAUUUGACAUUAUAUUGGUUUAUUUUCCCUUUAACAAUAUUGUUUAACGCCCGUAUUUUAUCCCCAUCUUAUCCAGAUGUAUAAUUAUGGCAUUGUGGUAAAUGUAUUUUACUCCUGAUAAUCUUGAGGUGUGGUGUGAAGAGAGAUUAUCCUCCUGUCACGAGCUGACACUUUAGGCGAGCUUUUAGACGCCUGACUCACACGGCUAGUGAAGGGCUAGCUGACAAAGAGUUGCAAUUAUUCAUUUCUCAUGACCCAUGUUUUAAUGUUUUCACACUAAUCCAAUGAAACCCUGUGUUUUUUAGCGAACGUAUUAAUGACUGUACCUUAACCCUAUGUCUGAUUACUCACAAAUAUGUCUUUUUACUAUGUUCUAAAUUAUGUUUUGUCGGUGUGAGAAAGGAAGAGGAGGAGGAGGAGGAGGAAGAAGAAGAAGAAGGUCAGAGAAGAUGUGGAAUAAGAGAAAAGAUGUGGUGCAAACUGUGAUGGAUACAUGUUAAUUUAAGUGCACAUGUGAUGGUCUGUUAUUGUAGUGACAGUGUUUAGGCAAGAUUAAUCAUCUCCUUAUGCAAUAGAAACUUCUUUUUUUGAACUGCAUCAACUGAGUGCUGAAUGUAUAACUGAAGUACAGAGGGGGAGUAACCAGCCACAGGAACGACGUGAAAAGCUUUUGUUUUAAAUUGUUUAUGAAAAUAUUAACCUUCUUCCCUACUUUACUCUCCUUGAAAUAUUAAAAAAAAUCCAGUUUUAUGUGGACCGAAAAAUAUUCUAUAUCUGUGAAUCCUGAUUGUGUAGGACCUGCUCAUUUACUAAAACUGAUUUAUGGCCAGUUUGAAAUGUUUUAUGAUCGAUAAAGGCAGCAUUUUGUCCUGUUUUCGCCCCAUGACACUUAUAUGUUCACUAGAAAGUUGUAACAAACUACCCACACUGCUGUCCUGGUGAAAAUAAGGUCUUUUAGCAAAUAGGCUUCUGUGUUACUCUGUCUGAUGAGAGCCACUUUAACAGUUAUGACCCUUUAUAAUAAGUCAAAGGUGCAUCUGUCCAUUCAAUGUACAUGGUGUAUUAACCCCAGAAUAUGUGCAUUUCACUCGCGUCUAUAUAUAACAUUUUGAAUAACAGCUCUUCACAUGAGUUACUACAGUGUGUACAGCAGGCACAGGUCUCUCUGAUUUGUGCCUUUUCCUGCCACCAUGUUUUAGUUCAAGGUGAACCUCGGGAUGGUUUCUGUGGGUUAUGAAAGCUU